CAUCCAUGGGGACAUGGGGUGCGCGUCGUCCCGCUUCCACCGUGGUACGUACCGCGCCUAGUACGGUCGCUGCAUGCACGCGCACGCAUCGCAUCCGCAUUCCACCAUCUUCUUCUUCCCCCCAACCCAACAACGGUUUUGGUGUUUCGCUCCGCCUUCCGCUUCCGCCGCUACGCGUUCGCCUCCCCUGCUCAUCCUCUCCUCUCCUCUCCACUCCACCGCCACCGCCACCGCCACCGCCGCCGCCGCAACGCGUUCUCGCUUUCCGAUCUCGCGGUGCGGGCGCCCACAUGAGGUUCAGGUUCCGCAACAAGGCUGCGGCGGCGGGAGACGGCAGCCGGCCGGCCUCUUCUCCUCCUAACGCCGGCAAGUUCGCGGCGCCUGUUGCCGGCGGCGGAGGGGCGGCGGACGUCGCCGGCGAGAGCCCGGAUCAGGACAGCACAAGGAAUGGAAGCAAAGAUGAAUCGUUCUUCGAGGCAAGACCCUGGUUAGACUCCGACAGUGAAGAUGAUUUCCACAGUGUGAGAGGAGAUUUCACUCCAUCAAGAGGCACCACCCCAGAUCAUCAGAGACAGUCACCAUUCGCGGGGCGAAUAUCGGUGGACAGAUCGGAGCCUUCUCUGAUCGAGAAGAAGCAGAGGCUCCUCGAACUUCUCCAGGAGAAGCAGCAGUACGACGAUGACAGCGUCGCUGAUGUCGGUAGCGAGAUCGAGAACGGCGCUGUCCAUGCUGAAGAGUAUCUGAAAUCAUCGAGGAAAGGCGCAAAGGCGAACAGGGCAUCCAAGUCCAGGGGAGGCUGCUUCCCAAGCUCUUUUUGGAAGAUCAAAUUCAGGAGCUGCAGGAAGAAGAGAAAAGAGCAGAAUGAUUAGCUGAAUUUUAGCAGCAUUGUGAUGUUGAAUUUUGUUUUUCUACUUCCUGUGAAAAUUGCUUUUUACGACAGCGAGGGGAAUAUAUAUACUUUUUACCCCUGAAAUGCUUCAGCUGGAAACGACAAAAAGAAGUUUUGAAGUGGCCGCUUAUUGUGCUGUAAAAAAACAAGCAAUGCAAAUAUAAUGUAGGGAAAAAGUAUACAUGUUUACUUGUUAAUUGUCAUUGAUGAUUUUGUUGGCA